ACGAUUUCACGAAAUGACGGCUCUUCGAUAUAAUACUGUUUGCUCCGUUUUGAUUUUGUUCCAUAUUUUAGUACAUACCAAGGCAGCAUUAAGAGAUAUUCUAAAUGUUCAGCAUUUAGCUGAUGCUAAGUUUGGUCCAAAUGAAUAUUCUGAUGAUGAUAGAGAAUAUUCCGAUGUUGAUGAUAGAGAUAAAGAAUCUUUAGCACAACCGAUUGAUCAACAAAACACAAAAGAUCAUUUAUAUUCAAAAACUGAAAGCUAUUUGGACAAUGAAGAGCAAGUAAUUCCAGAUACCUUGGAUGAAAAUAUAAUAUGGGAUGCACAAUGGGGAACACAACUGAAACUUGGUCAAGCAACAGCAAUUUCUGUGGAUCCUGAUGGCAAUGUUGCAAUAUUUCAUAGAGGAGCUCGUGUUUGGGGCCCUAAUAGUUUCAAUAAUGAAAACAAGUUUGAUCCAAAUAAUGGACCGAUAGUGCAAAACACAAUAAUGUUUCUGGACAAAAAUGGUAAAGUGAUAUCGGAAUGGGGAAAAAACAUGUUUUAUCUCCCACAUGGUUUGACUAUCGAUCAGUCCGGGAAUUAUUGGAUAACUGAUGUAGCAAUGCAUCAGGUAUUCAAGUUUGAUGCUCAAGAUGUAAAGAGACACAUGGAAGAAUUGAAAAGUGCACAGGCUAACUCAAAGACAAAUCUGCCUAAUAAUCGUACCAGUAUGCUGAAGCCAUCUAUGACUCUGGGAGAGGCUUUUGUCCCUGGUAACAGCGCUAGCACAUUUUGUAAACCAACUGAUGUCGCUGUACAUACUAAUGGUGACUUUUUCGUUAGUGAUGGAUAUUGCAAUUCUAGGAUAGUCAAAUAUAAUAAAAACGGUGAAUUAAUUUUACAGUGGGGACGACUUUGGAACAAUAGAGAGUUUAUCUAUUCACAGUCGCCUCCGCCAUAUGCGUUUCUCGUCGCGCAUUCUUUAGCACUCGCGAGUGAAUUAAAUUAUCUUUAUCUCGCUGACAGAGAAAAUGGCAGGAUAUUGUGCUUCUUUGCCAACAACGGUACAUUCCAUAAGAAAUAUAGACAUCCUGCUAUUGGUACAAAAAUUUACAGCGUUGCGUACGCUCGGGAAAAGUUGUAUCUAGUUAAUGGACCUGAUCCAUUUAUACGAAAUCCAGUACCAGUAAGAGGCUUCGUACUUGACAUUUACUCCGGAAAGAUAUUAUCAAUAUUUAAGCCCAAGAAAAAUAUGAAUAAUCCACAUAAUCUGCGUGUAACAGAAGACGGUUCUGAGAUAUACGUAGUUGAAUUAAACAAUAAGAAAGUUUAUAGAUUUCUACAAGAAAUAAACAGUUCUAAUGAUUCGCAGUCAACUAAACGGCGUCCACAUCAGAUCUUAAUACAUCCUGAUACUAAAGAUGCCGAUAAUGAAACGAAUGACAUAUUAGAAUUUAUGUUAGACGCUGUCAUAGUGAUCGUUUUCUCUAUUAUAAUGUUCAUUAUGAUUUUAACCACUGUAAAGAUGCAUCGAAGACGAGUAUACUUUGCGCGCAAGAGGAAGAAUGAAUGGUCCGAUAGGCAGGAAACCUUUCAACUGUCAAGCCUGCUGGAGAGUAGCCACAGUGGAAGCUCCAAGUCGGAGAAACGGCCGAACUCGCGCGAUUUCAGCAAAUUGAACACAGAGCCGGAAACUUCGGAAGACGAGCAUCCCGAGAACAGUCUCGUGAGGCCGAUGUAAAGAAGACCCCGAAUAAUGUUAUGACGUCGUGCAAAUGGUGACGAAAUUUAUUUUCACAUUAUGGAGACGAAACAAGAGAAAUCACACCAGAUCGCACUCGAUCGAGGUAUAACGCGAAUACUUACAAUUAGAUGCAAACUGCGCUAACUUCGUGUUUGUUCGAAAUUUUGAAUACUUGCGCUGUCGAGCGUCACCCGAACCGACCCUUUCGACCGACGGUACGCGUGCGCAAGAUGACGCCACUUUGCCGACUAUCGAACAUACAGCUGCUUGACGUUACCAUUUACUUUUUAAUAUAUUCUAUUGUAAGAGAGACUCGGUAAAAAACUGAAGCGCUGAUUUCAUUUUGCAUAAAAUGAAAUUAGAUAUGUAAUAGAUCAUUAUACGUUUUCAA